AGUUUUGAGUUUUGUAUCGAUUUGUUGUUGAUAAGUUGAUAACAGUUCGGACGAGAAGAUGGCAAUUUAGGAUGAAAAUAAGUGAUUGAAUCAACUAUAAAUCGCUAAUUAUUUAUUUAUUUUAAUUAUUCGCUUCAAUUCUAACUAGGCAACUGCGUAAUGUGGGAUUCUUCGACGUUUUUGGGUGCUCUUACUCCCAAAUUUUAUGUAGCUCUAACCGGCACAUCGUCACUAAUAUCAGGUCUAAUACUAAUUUUCGAGUGGUGGUACUUUAGAAAAUACGGGACCUCGUUCAUUGAACAGAUGUCGCUAACGACCCUGGGGUCGUGGUCAGGCGGCGCGGCGCGGGGCGAGGCGGACGGCGAGUGCAAGGUGUGGCGCAACCCCAUGUCGCUGCUGCGCGGCGCCGAGUACGCGCGCCUCUGGACCGCCGCGCGCCGCGCUCCUCUCACAUACUAUGAUAUGAACCUUUCCGCACAGGUACCAUACUUCAUACUACAUAUUACCACUACUUGUAAAAUGCUGGCGCACGUGAAGCGGCGCGCCGCCAUGUGCGCGCGGCGGCUGGGCCGGCUGCGCGACGCGGCGCGGCUGUUCCGCGAGCUGAGCCGCGACGCGCCGCCCGCGCUGCACGCGCUGCAGAUACACGACAACCUCAUCGAGGUGCUGCUGGAGCAGCGCGCCUACGCCGACGUGCAGGCGGUGCUGGCGCGGUGCGAGGAGGCGGGCGCGGCGCGCUCCGCGUGCGCGCUGUACACGGCCGCGCUGCUGCGCGCGCGCGCCGCGCCCGAGCCGCGCGCGCUCGAGGCCAUCCGCGCCGCCAUCGAGUUCAACCCCUACGUGCCCGCCUACCUGCUCGAGCUGCGCGCGCUCAGCCUGCCGCCCGAGCACGUGGUGCGGCGCGGCGACAGCGAGGCGCUCGCCUACGCCUUCUGGCACCUGCGCCACUGGCGGCAGCACGAGCCCGCGCGCCGCCUGCUGGCCGCGGGCUGGGCCGGCCGCGCGCCGCCCGCGCCGCCGCCGCGCGCCGACCGCGAGCUGCUCGCGCCGCACCACGCGCCCCCCCCCGCCGCGCGCCGCGCGCCGCUCCUGCCGCUGGCCGCCGCGCUCACCGCGCUCACGGCGCUCGCCGCGCUCGCCGCGCUGCCCGCGCUGCCCGCCCUGCCCGCGCUACCCGCGCUACCCGCUCUGCCCGCGCUGCCCGCGCUGCCCGCGCUGCCCGCGCACCGCUGGACGCUCGACCCGUCCGCCCUGCUGCGCCUGUUGCCCGCCUAUUGA